UGGCUAGGUAAUCUGUUUGACAGUAUGGCAGUGGAGACAAUCGCUCCUGACUGGGAAUUUGACCGAUUUGACGACGGGUCACAGAAGAUCCACACAGAGGUUCAGCUGAAAAACUAUGGAAAGUUCCUGGAAGAGUACACCCGCCAGCUGAAGGGCAUUGAGGAAGCUCUGGAUGAUUCCAUAGGAGAUGUCUGGGAUUUUACCUUGGACCCUAUUGCUCUAAAGCUUCUCCCUUAUGAGCAGUCUUCCUUGUUGGAAUUGAUUAAAACAGACAACAAAGUUUUGAACAAAGUAAUCACAGUGUAUGCUGCUGUCUGCAGUGAAGUCAAAAAGCUAAAACAUGAAGCAGAAACUAAGUUCUACAAUGGCCUUUUGUACUAUGGAGAGGGAGUGUCCGACACCAGUGUUAUUGAAGGAGAAUCCCAAAUUCAGAUGGGCAGAUUUAUCUCCUUCCUUCAGGAUCUGUCCUGUUUUGUGUCAAGAUGUUUUGAGGUUGUUAUCAACAUUGUUCAUCAGCUGGCUGCCCUCUACAACAGCAACAAGAGUAUGCCAAAAGUCAUUGAGUCAUCAGGAGUCCAUUUCCAGACGGUGUAUGAACAUCUUGGAGAGUUGUUAGUGGUACUGCUCACCCUGGAUGAGGUUAUGGAAAACCAUGGCACACUUAAAGACCACUGGAAGAUGUACAAGAGAUUAUUGAAAUCGGUACACCACAACCCUGGCAAAUUUGCCAUACCUGAAGAGAAGCUGAAACCUUUUGAGAAGCUCCUGCUAAAACUGGAGGGACAGCUGCUGGAUGGCAUGAUAUUGCAGGCAUGUGUGGAGCAGAGGUUUGAUGACCCUGGGCAGGGAGUAGCCAUUGCUAAAAACAGUGCCUUCGCAGAGGAGUUUGCCUUCAACAUACGCACCAUUUUUACUAAUGUCGAGUCCAAACUCGGUGAGCCUUCAGAGAUAGACCAGAGAGAUAAGUAUGCUGGUGUUUGCUGUCUCUUCGUGCUUCACUUCCACAUCUUUAGGACGGUUGACAAGAAACUCUACAAAGCACUACUAGAUGUCUGUAAAAAGGUUCCAGCUGUGACUCUGACCGCUAACAUCAUCUGGUUCCCCGACACGUUCCUCGCUGCUAAGGUUCCAGCCGCAGCCAAACUGAUGGAUAAGAAGAGCCUGCAGAGCAUCAGAGCACAGAGAGAUGCAUACUUGCAGCAAAAAGCACAGACACUCACCAAGGAAGUCCAAUCCUACUAUGUGUUUGUGACUUCCUGGAUGAUGAAGAUGGAGGCCAUGUUGUCCAAGGAGCAGCGAAGUGAAAGGUUGGCAGAGGAUCUGAGUGGCAGGUGUAAUGUCUUCGUACAGGGAAUCCUGUAUGCCUACAGCAUCAGUACCAUCAUCAAGACCACGAUGAACAUGUACAUGUCAAUGCAACGGCCCAUGACAAAGACUUCCGUCAAGGCCCUUUGUCGACUGGUUGAAUUGCUCAAGGCUGUAGAGCACACAUUCCACAGACGUUCCAUGGUUGUAGCGGACUCUGUUUCACAUAUCACUCAGCAGCUUCAGUGCCAGGCUCUCAAUGCCAUCAGCAAUGCCAAGAAAAAGGUGAUCUCCGAUAAGAAAUACAGCGAGCAGCGAUUGGAUGUCCUAUCAUCUUUGGUACUCGCGGAAAAUGCCCUUAAUGGACCCAGCACGAAGGAGCGCCGUCUUGUGGUGUCCCUGGCUCUCAGUGUUGGCACUCAGAUGAAAACAUUCAAAGAUGAGGAGCUCCUUCCAUUACAGCUUGUGUUGAAGAAGCUGGAUCUGAUCAGUGAGCUCAGUGAGAGGGUGAAGAUUCAGUGUGACUGUAGUUUCCUCUACUGGCACAGAGCUGUUUUCCCCAUCUACCUAGAUGAUGUGUAUGACAAUGCCGUGGACGCAGCACGAUUACACUACAUGUUCAGCGCCCUGAGAGACAGUGUACCCACCAUGCUGCAUGCCAAACACAUGGAGUCAUGUGACCAGCUGCUGGAGAGCUAUGACAAAGAGAUCAUGGAUGUGUUCAAUGAGCACCUGUUGGAUAAACUGUGCAAAGAGAUUGAGAAGGAUCUGCGCCUCUCUGUCCACACACACCUGAAGUUGGAUGACAGGAAUCCCUUCAAAGUUGGCAUGAAAGACCUAGCACACUUCUUUUCCCUAAAACCCAUCCGGUUCUUCAACCGCUUCAUACAUAUAAAAGCGUAUGUGACGCACUACCUGGAUAAGACAUUCUACAACCUGACCACAGUGGCUCUGCAUGACUGGGCCACUUACAGUGAAAUGAGAAACUUAGCAACACAGCGCUAUGGCUUAACGAUGACAGAGGCGCAUCUACCUAGCCAGACCUUGGAGCAGGGUUUGGAUGUCUUAGAAAUAAUGAGGAACAUUCACGUUUUUGUUUCACGCUACCUUUACAACCUCAACAACCAGAUCUUCAUAGAAAAGGCCAGUAAUAACAAGCAUUUGAACACCAUCAACAUCCGCCACAUUGCCAAUUCUAUUCGGACCCAUGGCACAGGCAUCAUGAACACCACGGUGAACUUCACCUACCAGUUCCUCCGUAAGAAGUUCUAUAUCUUCAGUCAGUUUAUGUAUGAUGAACACAUCAAAUCCAGACUUAUUAAAGAUAUUCGUUUCUUUAGAGAAACAAAAGACCAGUCUGAUCAAAAGUACCCAUUUGAGCGAGCAGAGAAGUUUAACCGUGGCAUCAGGAAGCUGGGCAUCACACCAGAUGGACAGAGCUACCUGGACCAGUUCAGACAGCUCAUCAGCCAGAUUGGCAAUGCCAUGGGCUAUGUGCGUAUGAUCCGUUCUGGUGGACUUCACUGCUGCAGCAGCGCCAUCAGAUUUGUCCCUGAUCUGGAGGAUAUAGUCAACUUUGAGGAGCUGGUGAAGGAAGAGGGACUGUCUGAGGAGACUCAAAAAGCUGCUAGUAUUCUCGACUCAGUUUUGGGGGAUCUGACCAGUAACUCUGCAGAGGGGACAGAAUACUUCAAGAUGCUGGUGGGAGUGUUUGCGCCUGAGUUUCGCAGUGCCAAGAACAUGCACUUAAGAAAUUUCUACAUGAUUGUACCCCCGCUGACCGUGAAUUUUGUGGAACAUUCCAUCAGCUGUAAAGAGAAGCUCAACAAGAAGAACAAAAGUGGUGCUGCUUUUACAGACGAUGGCUUUGCAAUGGGAGUGGCCUAUAUUCUGAAGCUGCUGGACCAGUAUCUUGAGUUUGACUCCCUGCACUGGUUCCAGUCUGUCAGGGAUAAGUACGUGAAAGAGAUGAAUGCCGUGGUGAAAGAGCAGAAUGUCCAGUCCACCAGUCAGGAUGAGAAAUUGUUGCAAACUAUGAACCUCACUCAGAAGAGAUUGGACAUCUAUCUCCAGGAGUUUGAGCUACUGCAUUUCUCCUUAAGCAGUGCUCGAAUCUUCUUCAGAGCAGACAAGACGGCAGCUGAGGAGACUCAGGAGAAGAAGGAUAAAGAAGAGGCUACCAAAGCAGGUGGUUCUGCAGAUAGCUCCACCCCCACUGAACCUCCCUCCAAAUGAAGCUGAUGGAGAGGCCAUUUGAUCAGUGUGGAUAUGAGGGCUUGAAGAAUAAACGACCAGGCAGAAUGCUUGAGAAAACCACUCUGCAAGACAAAAGGGGGGAAGAACAGUAAAUAGUUGAGGCACCUGUCUGUGUCAAAACAAUGUGUCAUGCCCUGUGAUAAAAGACUGAAAUCUGGAUAUUUGGACAUAAAAGUAUGGAUGAUAGUUGGAAAGAAGGAGGGAAGGCAUUUAAUGUCUUUUUCUCUGUGCCUCAUAAUAGAGCAAUCAUCUAGGCUGAAUUUGUACUUGGAGAACUCCUUCAAAAAUUUCCUGAAGUCAUUUUCACUAGUGCCAUUUUAGAGAAAUGUAAAUGUAACAUUGCCAUGAUUGUCAUGUGUACAGUAUGUGGAGAAAAAAAAGUUGAAUUUGUAGCAUUUAUGUCAAUUCAACUGCUUUCAAUAAGAGAAUCAGAUGCUAUGGUAUUAUUAUUGUAUGGCAAACUUGAUGACAUUGCCUUAUAAAGUGAUUUAGUCUUCUUAGACCACUUAGUCUUAAUUGACUCUCAUCCCAGUAGCUAUAAACAAACCAGAAGAAUAUUUUUCUACAAACCCUCAGCAAUGUACAUGGUCUCCAUAAAUCGUAAGGAAAGUUGCAGAAUAAGGCAAUUCAAUGGCAAUGAUUAAUUGCUUACUGUUUUAUACUGAUUUUAUUGUUGGCUGGCUUUUUUUUUUUUGCAAUGCUUUGCCUACAGCUGCCCAUGUUCACUGUAUUCAUCAUGUCAGCAGUGUGAUUGUUAAUGACCUUUUGUGGCAGCUUCUGUCAAUUGAUGCAUCUCUCAAGGUCAGCAGACUUUUGAUAUGACUUUUUUGAAUGUUUUCAAAGUGUGUCGUCCUGUUUUUCUUUUUCAAGUGCCGUAUUUCUGUACUUUAAGUCCUUUGUAAUGUAAACGUUUGUUCUUUGUUUUCUGUUGCAGUUAUAUACAUUUAUGUUGAGGUGUGUGUGCCUUUUCGAGCGGUUUGUGCCAUUCGUCAAAAACAAUUUCAGCAGAAAUAUAAUCAAAUAUCAACAUACAAGCUUCUUGAUCUUCUAGUUAGUGUUACAGUCCUACACAAAGCUCUCAAGCUCUAAUCAGAUCUCAUCCAAGUGCUUGGAGCUGAAAUAUUAUAGUUCCAAUGACUGUACCUCUGUGGUACAAGUGGGAUUAUUGUACAUUCCAUUCUGUAUGUUGCCUGAAAAAGUCUAAUAAAACAAGCAUUUUCAGUAUAGACUUGACUUGCUGUCCUAACUAUUUUCCUGCCAAUA